UGAGGUCCACACUGCAGCGCGACCAGGACCAGGACCGACAGCGGAAUCAGGAACCGAUCGGUUGUCUGAGCCCUUUCUUCCGCUGCUGAGCGGCGUGAUGGUUUUCAGCAGAAGCCUCACCUGCCCUGGUUUCCUCUUCCUGGUCAUUCAUACUGCUACCUCCCUGUUGUCAGCCGAACAUGUUGCAACCAAGCAGAGCAUCCAUGUGUCAGGUGAUGAGAAUGGAGCCAUAGUGGUCCAGACUGCACCAGGAAAGGUCCUUACUCACCGAGGUGCUUCCAUCACCCUCCCCUGCCGAUAUCACAGCGAGGCCAAGAGUUGGGGCCACCAGAAGCCCCGUAUCAAGUGGACUAAGGAGUCCAUCUCCCUGCAGAGCACCGAUGUGUUUGUGGCGUUGGGCAACGUGCAGAAGGCAUUUGGGGUGUACAAGGACCGAGUGUGGCUGCAGGAGGAUGGAGACGGAGAUGCCUCACUGGUCAUGCAGGAUGUCACACUUCAGGAUUAUGGCAGGUACCAGUGUGAAGUCAUCGACAAGCUCUAUGAUGACAAAGGACUUGUCAAACUCAAUUUGGAAGGUGUGGUCUUCCUCUACCAUCCAUGGUUGGGACAACAGAUGUUAAACUUUAAUGAUGCCAAGGCUGCCUGUGCUGGGCAGGAUGCCAUCCUGGCUUCCUACGAGCAGUUACACAGGGCAUGGGAGCAAGGCUUGGAGUGGUGUGAAGCAGGCUGGCUGGCUGAUGGAUCCGUCCAGUAUCCCAUCUACAGUCCUCAACACAAGUGUGGCAGAUCUAAUCACUCCGGUAUCAGAAACUACAGCUACCAACACAAGGAGGACCAAAGAUAUGAUGCCUUCUGCUUUACCUCAGACCUGAAAGGAAAAGUUUAUUUCUUGAGGACAUUUCGGAAACUCAACUAUGUUGAGGCAGUGAAAGCAUGCAAGAAGAAGAGUGGGUCCAUCGCCAAGGUGGGCCAGUUGUACGCGGCCUGGAAGCUGCAGCUGCUGGACCUGUGUCGUCCGGGCUGGUUGUCUGAUGGGAGUGUCCGCUACCCCAUUAUCAACCCACGCUCCAAGUGUGGGGGCAACAAGCCUGGAGUCCGCAGCUUAGGGUUCCCAGACAGGAGGCAUCGGCUGUAUGGAGUCUACUGCUUCAAGAGGAAGGAAUGAGGGCAAAAUAAGGCAAAAUCUCCAAUGAAGGAUUAACAUUUUAAUGCAAAGCUUCACCUUCAGACCCAGAUGUAACUUCUCCCUGCAUGGAUCAGCCAGGGCAGCUGAAUGUACAGAGCCCAUUACAGCCAGGCACCAGGAGAACUUUGCUAAAGGCUUGCUCACGAGGACACGCUUUCAAAGACUAUCUGACCCUCCAGAAUUAAAUAUCAUUGCCGCGGUUGGGACAGGGAAGUAUUAUCAUGGAAAAACUUGUGCUUCUUUACGCUGGCAUCAAUCCAUGAAGCGUAAUCAGCAGUCUCACUGAGUACAGCAGGAUCUGACAAAGAGCAACAUGAUCAUAACUAGGUGAGUGACACCCUGGUCAUAUUGGCUACAGAUAAAAAUAGACCAGGGUGUUGGAAGCUCAGCAGCUCCAUGUACCCAACAGAGGAGUUGUCUGAAUCUGCCCUUGCCCCGAAGCCUGCAGACUGGGAUAGAAAGGGCAUUGGUUAGGGAUUUCCGGGACAGUUGCAGUACCCUCUCUGGACAGCGACAUAAAGCCCCGGGGUGGUCCUCCUAACAGGUGCUCAGCGUGAUCUGGGAAAGGACUUAUGUGGGUUCAUACUGAGGUUUAAGGAGGGUGUAACAAUGAGUGAAGUAGAUGUGACACUGUGGUACAGGAGUCAGUGAUAGAUUAUCACAUUCCACUGGCCAAUGGUCUGAGUGUCCACUCCAUUUGUGAGUUGCCCUAUAAUGCAGGAGAGUGAUUUAACGAGUUGGAUGCUUUAUUGUUUUACCUGGAGGGUUACCAGUGGUUUUUGCUACUUAACAUAGUAUUUACUGAAACAUCUGCACAGACGUGUGUGAGUCUGGUUGGACUGAGUGAUGCACCAUAACUUACUCUGAGAUGUAAAGGAGAGAUUUCGGCUUUUAUUGAGUGGAAGAAGGAACAAGCAGUGAGUGACCACUAUGCUACAUCCUGGAGACUGAGAGGCCGGACUCAGGCCUUGAUCGCCUUUAUACAGGGGUCUGUGGGAGGAGCCACAGGAGCAGUCAGCAGGGGGUGUGUCCAGACAGGUAUAUGUAGUUCACCACACUGAGCCCAAUGAAAAUUCAGAAAGAGGAAUUUUGUGGAAGCUGUGGAUUCAGGUGAAUCACCUGUAGAGGAAUGUUAUUCAUGGUGGAUAGCAUUCAGUGCAAUGGGUAAAAAGUUAACAACUUGCCCAAACCUCACUCUGGGAAUAAACAGCAGUUAGACAGCCCAGUGUCCCAUUCCUCUGUCUCCAUGUUACAUUUACCUCAUAGGUAAAUGCAAUAUAGAAAACACAUUGUGGGAGGUAGUGGAGAAUGGGUUGAGGGAAUUACAAAGAUGUGAGGUACCAGGAGGGUGUAGUAGAGUGCAGGAAUGUCAGUAGAUCAGUGGGAGCCUGGCUGGAGGAUGUUAUAGGUGUCAAACCAGUGAAAAAGGCUGAUGAGGGAUAGCAAGAGUGUCCUAGGCUGCUGAAGUAAGUCUUAUUGUCCUUGUGAACACCAGUUCAAUGUAUUCAGAUUGAGCUGGACCCCUUCAGCCUCACAUCUAGUUAUUAUCUACUGAUCUUUGUGGGAUCUUGCAGUAAAUGGCUGUUGCUUUUCUUCCUGUGCCAACAGGACCAGAUAUGAAGCAUUUCAUUGCCUGCAGAAAGUGCUCUCCCUGUUAUGACACCCUGCCCAGUAGUUACACUUCAGGUUCUUGGGAAUGCAGUGGGUUCCAACCCUGAAACUGAUUGUGCUAAAGCAUUCAGAUAUGGCUCAAGUGGAGAGAGAGAAGAGGGAGAGAAAAGAGAUAGAGAGAGAAAAAAAAGAGAGAGAGAGAUCACAGACUUUAAUGGGAAUGGGAUUUUAAGGGAAAGGAAAACAAACGCUAGGCUAAACAGGGUGGUUAACUAAAACUAGAUGUCAACAUGGCAGCUGAAAGGAAUAUCUAAAUAUAAAAUUCAUACCUCUAGUCUCCAGCGUCAGUUGAUGCAAUAGUCCACUUUCUCAGGCAAGGCCAAAUGCAAGCAGGCAGCAUAACAUUAUUGUGCUCUGCUCAAGUCUCAACAAGGGCUACAACGAAGAGAAAGGAGGUAACUACUUGCUUAACAAAACAGUAAUUAGUCAAAACAUGCAUAUACAUGUGUGCAACAGCCGAAUAUGCUGCAUAGCUCUCCUGCAAACCCUACAGCAGAGUACGUGGUUGUGACAGUUGGGCUUCCUGUUGGAAAUGCAAUGGUUUACAAUCCCGAAGCUGAUGGCCUUCCAGUUGGGAAUGUAUGAUGUACUCGGACAACAGCAAAGAACAUCAAGUCAACACAAAUAAAUACAGACUGUGAAUCAUUCAAGAUGUUUCAAUAGUACAGUCAGGCUGACAUCAUAAAACCAGAAGAAAUAGGAACAGAAUUAGGCCAUUCAGCCCAUCGAGUCUUCUCCACCAUUCCAUCAUGGCUGAUCCUGGAUCCCACUCAACACCAUACACCUACUUUCUCACCAUAUCCUUUGAUGCCCUGACUGAUCAGGAAACCAUCAAUUUCUGCCUUAAAUAUACCAACGGACUUGGCCUCCACUGUUGUCUGUGGCACAGCAUACCACAAAUUUACCACUGUCUGGCUCAAAAAAACAUUUUCCUCCUUAUCUCCCUUCUAAAGGAUCAUCCCUCAAUUUUGCCCUCUCGUUCUGGAUACCCCCACAUAGGAAACAUCCUCUCCACAUUCACCCUAUCUAGUCCUUUCAACAUUUGAUGGGUCUCAAUGAGAUCAAACCCCACCCCCCAUAUUCUUCUAAAUUCCAAUGAGUACAGGCCAAAGCUGCCAAAUGAUUCGCAUAUGUUAACCCCUUCAUUGCUGGAAUCAUCCUCGUGAACCUCUACUGGACUCUCUCCAAUGACAACACAUGCUUUCUGAGAUAUUCGGCCUAAAAUCAUUGACAAUACCCCCAGUGCGGCCUGACUAGUGUCUUAUAAACCAUCAGUAUUAUCUCCUUGCUUUUAUAUACUAGUGCAUAUUCUCACUCUGUGCAAGAAACUUGCCCUUCACAUCACUUUUGAAAUUUUCCCUUCUCAGCUUAAAUACGUGUCCUCUGGCAUUAGGCAUUUCAACCCUGGGAACAAGAUACUGUCUGUCUACUCUAUCUAUGCCUCUCAUCAUCUUAUAAGCCUCUAUCCGAUCUCUCCUCAGCCUCCAGCAUUCCAGAGGAAACAACCCACAUUUGGCCCAUUUCACAGUGACACACAAAAUUCUGGAGGAACUCAGCAGGCCAGGCAGCAUCUAUAGAAAAAAGUACAGUUGAUGUUUUGGGCUGAGACCCUUUGGCAGGACUGGAGAAAAAAAGAUGAGAAGUAGAUUUAAAAGGCGGGGGAGGGGAGAGAGAGACGGUGAUAGGUGAAACCGGGAGGGGAAGGGAUGAAGUAAAGAGCUGGGAAGUUGAUUGGUGAAAGACAAUAGACAAUAGACAGUAGGUGCAGGAGUAGGCCAUACGGCCCUUCUAGCCAGCACCACCAUUCAAUGUGAUCAUGGCUGAUCAUACACAAUCAGUACCCCGUUCCUGCCCUCUCCCUAUAUCCCUUGACCCCGCUAUCUAUAAGAGCUCUAUCUAACUCUCUUUUGAAUGCAUCCAGAGACUUGGCCUCCACUGCCUUCUGGGGCAGAGCAUUCCACAUAUCCACCACUCUCUGGGUGAAAAAGUUUUUCCGCAUCUCUGUUCUAAAUGGCCUACCCCUUACUCUUAAACUGUGGCCUCUAGUUUUGGACUCACCCAUCAGCGGGAACAUGCUUCCUGCCUCCAGCAUGUCCAAUCCCUUAAUAAUCUUAUAUGUUUCAAUCAGAUCCCCUCUCAUCCUUCUAAAUUUCAGUGCAUACAAGCCCAGUCGCUCCAAUCUUUCAACAUAUGACAGUCCCGCCAUUCCGGGAAUUAACCUUGUGAACCUACGCUGCACUCCCUCAAUAGCAAGAAUGUCCUUCCUCAAAUUUGGAGACCAAAACUGCACACAAUACUCCAGGUGGGGUCUUACCAGGGCCCUGUACAGCUGCACAAGGACCUUUUUACUCCUAUACUCAAUUCUUCUUGUUAUAAAGGCCAGCAUGCCAUCAGCUUUCUUCACUGCCUGCUGUACCUACAUGUUUGCUUUCAUUGACUGAUGUACAAGAACACCUAGAUCUCGUUGUACUUCCCCUUUUCCUAACUUGACACCAUUCAGAUAGUAAUCUGACUUCCUGUUCUUGCCACCAAAGUGGAUAACCUCACAUUUAUCCACAGUAAACUGCAUCUGUCAUGCAUCUGCCCACUCACCCAACCUCUCCAAGUCACCCUGCAUUCUCCUAACAUUCUCCUGACAUUUCACACUGCCACCCAGCUUUGUGUCAUUGGCAAAUUUGCUAAUGUUACUUUUAAUCCCUUUAUCUAAAUCUAAAUCAUUAAUGUAUAUUGUAAAUAGCUGCGGUCCCAGCACCAAGCCUUGCAGUAUCCCAUAGUCACUGCCUGCCAUUCUGAAAGAGACCUGUUAAUCCCUACUCUUUGUUUCCUAUCUGUCAACUAAUUUUCUAUCCAUGUCAGUACCCUACCCCCAAUACCAUGUGCUCUAAUUUUGCCCACUAAUCUCCUAUGUGGGACCUUAUCAAAGGCUUUCUGAAAGUCCAGGUACACUACAUCCGCCGGCUCUCCUUUGUCCAUUUUCAUAGUUACAUCCUUAAAAAAUUCCAGAAGAUUAGUCAAGCAUGAUUUCCCCUUCGUAAAUCUAUGCUGACUCAGACCAAUCCUUUUACUGCUAUCCAAAUGUACCGCAAUUUUAUCUUUUAUAAUUGACUCCAGCAUCCAGAACCUAAAAUCAAUUAAAGCCAUUGGAAAAAAACAGUGGGGUUACCAAAAAAGCUCCAGUGGGACAAAAUACAAAGUCCGACAAACCCAUACUCCUAGCGUGAUGAGAACCCAACCACCCAAAACUAAAAACACUCUUUUUGUGAUGUUCCCAACAGUAUUUUAGCAGGAUGGUCAUUCCUCUACCCCCUCAAGUUAACCUAUUAUGUUAACAAUGUCAUCCUUCGCAACUGUAAAGGUAAUUGUUCCAUUUCAACCAGGAAGCUGAAACAGGAGAUGACCUUACUGCACAACAACAAGUCUUAAAGCCUGUGCUUGUAUCACAUCCAAACAUUUUAAAUUUGAAGAUGAUACUGAUCCAUAAGCCACACAGUCAUAAUUGAGUACUGAUCUAAUUAAACAAAUAUGUAUGGUCAACAGAGAUUUUCAUGUAGCACCCCAAGAAUACCCACAUGGACACCUAUGGACAUUUAAUGCCCCUUUACACUUGUCAGUUAUCUUACUUGAAUUUCCAGAAGGCACCACAUAUAAGACUUAUCUAUAAGGUAACGAUGUAUAGAGUUGGGUGAUGUAUUAGCAUGGAUAGAGGACUGGUUAACUAACAGAAAGCAGAGAGUUGGGAUACACAGGUGUUACUCAGGCUGGCAAUCAGUGGUGAGCAGUGUGCCACAGGGGUUGGUGCUGGGCCAGCAACUGUUCACGAUAUACAUUAACGAUCUGGAAGAAAGGACUGAGUGUAAUGUAUCUAAGUUUGCUGAUGAUACUAAAAUGAGUGGAAAAGCAAACUGCGCAGAUGAUAGGGAGAGUCUGCAGAAAGAUGUAGAUAGAUUAAGUGAGUGGGCAAGGUUCUGGCAGAUAGAGUACAAUAUUAGUAAAUGUAAGGUCAUUCACUUUGGAAGGAAAAAUGAAAACAGGUUAUUAUUUAAAAGGUAAAAAACUGCAGCAUGCUGCUGUGCCGAGGGACUUGGGAGUGCUUGUGUAUGAAUCACAAAAGGCUGGUUCGCAGGUGCAGCAGGCUAUCAAGAAGCCAAAUGGAAUAUUGGCCUUCAUUGCUAAAGGGGUUGAAUUUAAGAGCAGGGAGGUUAUGCUGUAAUUGUACAGGGUACUGGUGAGGCUGUACCUGAGUACUGCAAGCAGUUCUGGUCUCCAUAUUUGAGGAGGGAUAUUCAAACAACACACACAAAAUGCUGGUGGAACACAGCAGGCCAGGCAGCAUCUAUAGGUAGAAGCACUGUCAACGUUUCGGGCCAAGACCCUUCGUCAGGACCUGUUCACCAGCAUUUUGUGUGUGUUUUUUGAAUUUCUGCAGAUUUCCUCGUGGUUGAGGAAGGAUAUACUGGCUUUAGAGGUAGUGCAGAGGGAGUUCACCAGGUUGAUUCCAGAGAUGAGGGGGUUAGACUAUGAGGAAAGAUUGAAUCACCUGGGACUGUACUCACUGGAAUUCAGAAGAAUGACAGGAGAUCUUACAGAAAUAUAUAAAAUUAUGAAAGGGAUAGAUAAGAUGGAGACAGGAACAAGCCUCAAGAUUCAGGGGAGUAGAUUUAGGACAGAGAUGAGGAGGAACUACUUUUCCCAGAGAGUGGUAAAUCUGUGGAAUUCUCUGCCCAAUGAAGCAGUGGAGCCUACCCCAGUAAAUAUAUUUAAGAAUUGAAUUGAAUUGACUUUAUUACUUACAUCCUUCAUAUACAUGAGGAGUAAAAAUCUUUAGGUUACCUCUUCAUCUAAAUGUGCAAUGUGCAAUCAUAGUAAUUUAUAAUAAUUUAUUAUAAAUAGAACAGUCAGUGUAAUAUAGAAUACACUCAAAUCAGCGUGAGUUCAUCAGUCUGAUGGCCUGGUGGAAGAAGCUAUCCCAGAGCCUGUUGGUCCUGCUUUUAUGCUACGGUACUGCUUCCCAGAUGGUAGCAGCUAGAAUAGAUUGUGGUUGGGAUGGCUUGGAUCCCCAAUGAUCCUACGGGCCCUUUUUACGGAUGUGACAUUGUAAAGGUCCUGAGUCAUGGGAAGUUCUGAACUACAGAUGUGCUGGGCUGUCCGCACCACUCUCUGCAAAGUCCUGCAGUUGAGGGAAGUACAGUUUCCAUACCAGGCAGUGAUGCAGCCAGUCAGGAUUCUCUCAAUUGUGCCCCUGUAGAAAGUUCUAAGGAUUUGGGAGCCCAUACCAAAUUUCCUCAACCAUCUGAGGUUGAGUAGAUUUUUGCAUGGUAGGGGAAUUAAGUGUUAUGGUGGAGAUGAGUCCAUGGCCAGAUCAGCCAUGAUCGUAUUGAAUGGCGGAGCAGGCCAGAUGCCCAACUUCUGCUCCUAUUUCUUAUGUUCUUAUGUACUGAUAUGGUGCUUCUGGGUCAGCUUAUUAUCCAGCCACAUGUCAAGAAAUCUUACCAUGUAAUUUCUUCAAGUGUUUCACUAUGUAAUUUCAAAUUAAUUGCAUGUCUAUUGAUCCUCCUUGUAAAACAUACAGCUUUGUUUUAACUACAAAAGCUUAAAACCCUAUUUGCCCACUGUUUGACCUUAUUAUUUGCUAAUUGCAUCCUAUAUACAGUUAAAUUGAAUUUUUUUCCACUAAUCCAUAAAACUCCAUCAUCUUCAAAGCGUUAUUCACACAAAGAAAACUCUAUAUCACUAAUACUAUCAUUGCUACAGC